GUUAACUAAUACUAUAGUCACUAGCAAUAAUGCUAUGAAUAUUUAGAUUUAAAAAAAUUAAGACAUCAAUUUUGACCAUUAGGAUGAGAGUAUUAACAUAACUCAUGACUAAUUGCUGAUUAGCCUGAUUUAAGAAAAUUGGGCUCAUAAGCUUGACUAAUAAUAUGGGCCUAAGUAUUAGUUAUUAAAAAUUGGGCCUACAAUUGUAUGACGUGGAGUUUCUAGAAACUUCGGGUCCAAAGUCCAAAUUGGUCGGUGGUCAAUUUCUUUGCGUUGUUUCCUCCUGCUCAAGAAAUCCUAAUAAAAUACAAUUUCAAAUCCUCCCAAAUUCAUCCUUAUAUAUAUAUAAGAAAAGCUCGCCGGAGGUUCGAUACAAUCUCAUAAAAAAUUUCCGGCGAGAAAUAUUCAAAAUUCAAAAAUAAAAAACGAAGAGAUGGGAGGCGGAACCGAAGUUUUUCCGGAUUUAGGACGCCACUGCCAACAAUCUGAUUGCCGCCAGCUCGAUUUCCUGCCCUUCGAUUGCGACGCAUGUCACAAUGUGUUUUGCUUAGAACACCGAUCGUACAAAUCGCACGAAUGUCCCAAAUCCGACAUCAAAAGCCGUAAGGUAUUGGUCUGCGAGAUCUGCUCCACGGCGGUUGAAACUACCGGACUAGUUGGAGAAGACGAGAAGAAACUUCUAGAGAGGCACGAAAAGUCGGGCGACUGCGAUCCAAAGAAGAAGAAGAAACCAAUUUGCCCUGUGCGUCGGUGCAGAGAGAUUUUGACGUUCUCAAACACGUUUACGUGCAAGAGUUGUCGGAUGAAGAUUUGUCUGAACCAUAGGUUUCAUGCGGAGCACACGCGCGAGCACCUGAGAUCGUCUUCAGCUUCGGCUACGUCUUCAGCUUCGGCUACCGCUGCUACUAACAAGUUUUUGGCUGCUAUGGCUGCAAGGAGUGGGAAAGACUGCGGAACCAAAAUUUCUGCUCAUAGUCCGCAGCCAACUGUUAAAGCCUAUUGAUUCAUUGAAAACAUUGCUAUAACUAUUCGUUUUCUUUUCGGUGUUUUUUUUUUAAAUUGAGAGGGUGGAGUUUAUUUAUGCAGAAAUUGUUGAUCUCUCUAUAAUGGCUUGAAUGUCAAGUUCAUAACUCAUUGUAUAUAUUUACGCA